ACUCCUGCGCCCCAAGUUGCAGGGAAGCGUGAAAAACCAACUUUGCCGGGGACCAGAUUCAUGCUGGCAAUCGCAUCUUUCCAUUUCCCAAACACCAUUCAAAUUUCUCACUCUUUCCAGCUCCUUGAAGCUACAGAGAUUUUUAUAUGACGUUUUCUGGAGAAACAGGAAAUUAGAGUUGAUGGUAUCUGUUCGACAUACUGUUUAAAGUUGUUCAUACAUUGUCAGUUUAGUGCUUGAAACUGAUGAGCAAAUGGAGGAAAAUCGGCAUAUUGCAAUUUUUACCACUGCUAGUCUUCCAUGGAUGACCGGAACCGCUGUCAAUCCUCUAUUUCGUGCUGCCUUUCUUGCAAAAGAUGGAGAAAGAAUGGUCACUUUGGUGAUUCCUUGGUUAUCUCUUAAACAUCAGAAACUAGUUUAUCCCAACGACAUAACCUUCAGUUCACCUUCAGAGCAGGAGGCUUACGUGCGUCAGUGGCUUGAGGAGAGGAUUUCUUUUCGUUCAAAUUUCAGUAUAUCUUUUUAUCCUGGAAAGUUUGCUGUAGACAAAAGAAGCAUUCUCCCUGUAGGGGAUAUUUCAGAUGUCGUUCCAGAUGAACAGGCGGAUGUUGCUGUCCUUGAAGAGCCUGAGCAUCUUACAUGGUUCCAUCAUGGAAAGCAAUGGAAGGAGAAAUUCUGCCUUGUUAUAGGAAUUGUACACACAAAUUACUUGGAGUACGUGAGGAGGGAGAAAAAUGGGAAAUUACAAGCAUUUCUUCUUAAAUAUGUAAAUAAUUGGGUUGUCGGUAUCUAUUGCCACAAGGUAAUCAGGUUAUCUGCUGCCACCCAGGAUUAUCCUAGAUCAAUUAUCUGUAAUGUUCAUGGAGUCAAUCCUAGGUUUCUUGAGAUUGGUGAGAAAAAGUUAGAACAACAAAAACAGGGGAGCCAACCGUUCACUAAAGGUGCGUACUACAUUGGGAAAAUGGUGUGGAGCAAAGGCUACAAAGAGCUUCUUAAACUUUUUCGUGAUCACCAAAAGGACCUAGGUUGGCUUGAGGUGGAUUUAUAUGGUACUGGGGAGGACUCAGAUCAAGUUAAGGAGGCUGCUAAAAAGUUGGAAAUCGUGGUUAGAGUUUACCCUGGUAGAGAUCAUGCUGACCCUAUAUUCCAUGAUUAUAAAGUGUUCCUGAAUCCUAGCACUACAGAUGUGGUUUGCACUACAACUGCGGAAGCAUUGGCAAUGGGUAAAAUCGUCGUAUGUGCCAACCAUCCCUCAAAUGACUUCUUCAAGCAGUUCCCAAAUUGUCGAACAUACAAUGAUGGGAAUGGAUUCGUUAGAGCCACACUCACGGCACUCAAUGAAUUGCCGGCUCAACUGAGUGAUGCCCAGAGGCAUGAGCUCUCAUGGGAAUCCGCCACAGAGCGAUUUCUAAGGGCUAGUGAUCUGGACCAAGCAUUUGCAAGGAAACAGGAAAAGAGUCCUUCGGAUAACUUUGCAUCUUCUUCGUUGAACCUGAGAAAGAAUUUGGAAAAUGCAUCAGCAUACAUGCAUUAUGUGGCUUCAGGAUUUGAGACAUCAAGAAGAUUAUUUGGUGCAAUUCCAAGGAGCUUGCAACCAGACGAAGAGCAGUGUAAGGAGCUCGGGUUGGCUGCCUCUUCAAAGAGACGGUUGUAAAGAAAUCGAUCCAUGUAUUUACUGUGAGAAUACUUCCUAUAGAUCCUGAGGUUGCCUUUGAUGAUAAAAACUGGUGUUUCAAAUCUGAAAUAAUUCGUGGAAACAUCUCCCAGUUGUACAUUGGGAAGAAGGCUGAAAAAAAAGGAAGUGAAAA